AUGGCACCCAAUGUAACAAAUGUUGAUUCCACUAGCAGCAACUCUAGUGUUAUUAUUCAGUUCAAUCCUGUGUUGCAGCUGAUGAUAAAGCUUGUUGGCAGCCAUAACUUUACGACAUGGAAAGCUCAGAUUUCCAUGCUCAUGUGUGGGCACAAUCUGUUCAGUCAUCUUGACGGUUCUUCUCCCACUCCUUCGACAACUAUCACAAAAAAUUAUAGGCAACCAGAGAAUCCAAACGACAAUAUUUGGUUCUGUCAAGAUCAGUUGAUCCAGAAUGCCAUAAUGGCUUCUGUCGAUCCAACAAUAGCCGUAAUUGUGGCUGCUGCCUCCCCUGCUAAACUUGCUUGGGACUCGCUCCAUAUAGCUUAUGCCAACAAGUCCCAAACGCGAGUCUUUAACCUUCGCGAUCAGCUUGCACGACUAUCCAAGGACUCUCCCCCAGUCGCCAAAUAUCUCCAUUAA